UCUCAUCUUCAUUUCUGUAUUACGUUUACGAAUACGAUACCAAUACAUAUUAUAGCUUAUAGCUCUCUAGGUCUAGAGCUAUCGGCCUUUCGGGUGGAAUUGUAUUGUCUUCGUCUCGCAUUCUCAACAGUUUGCGCAAUGAAUUCGGAUAAGUUGCGGUAUAAACGACUACGAUUUGUUACUAAUAAUUUUAUACAACAUAAAUUUAUAUAAAUAACAAAACAAAAAAGUGAAUAAACGAUCAAAAAUAAAAGAAACUCAAGCAAUAUAAAACCGAAAACAACUCAAUAUUAAAAUAAAUAAGCAAAUAAAACCAUCUUUGUAAAAAAACAAAACCUAAAAAACAGAAACAAAAAACAGCAAAAAUGUGGAAGUUUUUACAGAUAUAUCAGUUCUUUACAAUUUUGAAUUUGUUCUUAAACUAUGGAUUAACGUCUGGAAAAUUUACUAACGAGAAUGACGACGAUUAUUUAUCACAGAAAGAGCACGUUCUUGAAAAGUCAUAUCAUGGUCUAAUAAGAGAGAACGAAACUAUAGUUGAAAUAACUCCACUUAUCAAAGUUGACGAAGAAAAAAUUUGUGAUUUUCGUAUACUAAAGAAGCCAUAUCAUGAAAUACCAUUUCAAAUUGAAUUGGUUAAUAACCUUGGUAUCUUAAAAGCUCGUAGAAUACUUAACUGUGAGAAACGCAAGAGCUAUCAUUUUGAAAUUGUUGCCAUAUUCUGUGAUAGUACACAUUCAGCAAGUGCAACCGUUCAUAUUUCUGUGAUUGAUAUCAAUGAAUAUGCACCGACAUUUCUGCAGCCAUCAUAUGUAACAGAAGUAGACGAAGGUCGUUUGUAUAAGGAAAUAAUACGAGUUGAGGCAACAGAUAAAGAUUGUACACCUCUUUUCGGUGAUGUUUGCAAAUAUGAAAUUCUUAACAACGAUCAGCCUUUUACAAUCGAUAAUGAAGGUUCGAUCAAAAAUACAGAUCCUUUGUCACAUAAAGUAUCGCAUAAUCAUAUACUGUCUGUGGUGGCAUAUGAUUGUGCCAUGAAGGAAUCAGCACCAAUAAUGGUUAGCAUUAAAGUGCGGAGGGUAUGUGAAGCACGUUUGGUUGGAAUACCCGAGCGUAUCGAUUAUACGGCCAGUUCCAUAGAAUCGCUUUCCUUAUUCCCAAAUGCCCGUUUUGAGUUGUGCGAUAUGUAUUGCAAUGGUGAAGGCAUGGGCAUUCGAACGUCGAUUGCUUUAAAGACGAAGCACAUAUCUUUUGGCUGCGAUCGUGACAUAACAAACUGCACACCCGGCUACACGCUGGUCGAUCUUCUUCCCCGUGGUACAGAAUGGACAAAAGAUCUGAGUUAUGAUGAGGGCUUUGAGCCAGUUUUCCAUUUUGAUGGCUCAUCAGGUGUUGUUGUGCCAGAUAGCUUGGUGCAGCGGCAUGAUUUUGCAUCGCGGCCAUUCAGUAUUGUGACUAUAUUCAGACAUUUCAGCCUGUCGACAUCUAAUAAACAUGCCAAAGAGCAUAUAGUGUGCAGUGCCGAUGAUCACAAAAUGAAUCGGCAUCAUAUGGCCCUGUUUGUUCGGAAUUGUCGGUUGAUUUUACUUUUGCGCAAGAAUUUCAAUGAAGGCGAUUUAAACAUAUUCAGUCCAGCUGAAUGGCGCUGGAAGAUACCACAAGUGUGUGACAACGAAUGGCAUCAUUAUGUGCUCAAUGUUGACCAAUCCAAGGUCGAACUUUAUAUUGAUGGUUCGAAAUUUGAAAAUUCGGUCGAAGACCGUCAUAGCAAUCCAGAGGUUAUUGACGAUUGGCCUUUGCAUGCGGCACAUGGUGUAAAUACUACAUUAACUGUUGGCGCAUGUUAUCAGAGUUCAGAAAAUCGUCUUAAACACGGGUUCACGGGUGACAUUUCCGAAAUCAAGUUAUCAUUGAAUAAGGUACUUUCCAGUGAGGAUGUGAAGUGUGGUACCAAUUGCGCUGAACAUCUUGUACCUCCUCCCGAAAAGUUGCUCGAAGCCGAUCAGCAAGUACAAUCGAAUUCUCAACUUAAUGAAAUCUAUAUUGAAGGCAGCAACAAAGAAAACAUCGAAAGUCUAUUGCAGAAAAUUCAAUACAUCAACUCGAAACAGAACCCAACAAUUGGCAGAAGAAAUAUAGAGGUACGAACAACAAUUAUGUGCAUUAAUCAAAGUGCAAUUCGUUUGCCUACCGUUGAGACCUACAUUAUGGUAAAUGAACCUAACUCUAUGGUUGCCGCUGCUGCCUCGACCAAAGAUCUCCCAGAACUUCAAAAGAUUAUCAGCACUAGUAGUAGUGCUAGUUCAAAUUCAGGAAUUGCAUCCAGCACUGAAGAGCAACAAAAACCAUUUUCAGAAGAGGACAAAUCUAAGAUUGUUAUUACUGGUAACUCAAACCAUCUAGUGUCGUAUCCGGAAAUAAAGCAAGGCGUUCGAAUUUUGGGGAAUAUAAAUAUAACCAUUAUGACCGGGGGUCAUAUUCUUCAUAAUAUGCAGAGCCUUGACUCAUGUAGUGUAAUUGUUUUUCCUAGCUUGAAUCCCGACCACGAAGAGAUCGAAGUUGAUGGUGAUGAAUCACUCUCUUCAACUUUAGACAUCAAAACAAACAUUAAUAAAGAUGGCGUCGAAAUGAUUGGCUACGAUACAACAUCAAAUUAUUUAGACGUUUUGAAAGCCCUAGUUUAUAGCAACAAAAAGCCAGCUUAUUAUUUAAAUAGGGUUUUCAAACUAUCAUGUUCACAAUUGAAUUCACAAUUCAAGAGCGCCGAAUUUACACUCACACUUACUGUAUUACAUCCGAAGCAGAGUAUUACAACAACGACGCCGGCACCAAAUAAUCUUGCCAUGCAACCACUUCAACAGCAAUAUGAUUCCAAUAUGUUUGCACAUGCAAUGAUUCAUUCGCACGAUGUCCAAGAGCCCAAAUCUCGGGUGCAUGCCAUAACGCACCACACAGCUAAUUCUCAUCCAACAAUGUUGAUCAUCCUUAUAUGCGUGUUUUUCGUCAUCCUUCUCUGUGGAGUAUCAAUUGCGCGCAUGAGGAACAGCAAUCAUAAAUAUAUUGAUAGGCACCAGCCUUGUCCUAAGAUCACAGACGAAAGUUUAGUCUGGGAUGAUUCAGCACUUACAAUCACCAUCAAUCCAAUGCAAAAUGAUGUUAUUUCUGAAGAUAGCUCCGAUUCGGAAAAUUCCGAUUCAGAAGAUGAAGAAGUUGUAAAUGGUAAAUAUCAAAACGUCAGUCAACUGGAGUGGGACAAUUCUACAAUGUAAAUAUACUAAAUCUAAAAUUAAAAAAUAAAAUAAAAAACUUAAUUAUGUAUAAGAAAUUAAUACAAAAAGUAAAGGCAAACAACAACAACAAAAUGUAAAACUUUUUAAGACACAUAUUUUAAACGUUGAAUGUUCAUACGUACUACAAUAAUUGUGUGUAUGUUUAUUUAAUAUAAAGAAAAGUAUAAUAUAAAAUAAGAAGAACAACUUGACCGAAAAUAUAACAUUUUAGAAAGAAAAAAAAAGAACAAAAGCAAAAAACAAUAAAUGCAAAUAAGCUUACAAAAAAGCAAAAAUUAUAUAAACAUUAUUUAGCUUGUAUAAUUAUAUUAUACACACAGGGUGACACAUCAUUAACACAUUAAUAAACACGGAAUUACUCAAAUGUUAUGUACUUAUAAAAUAAUAAUAUUUGAUUUUAAAUUAUUUUUGUAAAAUAUAAAAAGCUAACUUUAUAUGCAGGAACAUAAAACAAAUUAAACAACAAUGCUUAUUUUAUGAGAAAAAUAAAAACUUAAACACAUAAUACACAAAUUCAAAAGUAAGCGUCCUUUAAACUGGCUAUGUAUUUUUCGUACUAGAUUAUUUAUUUGGAAAUGUUACACUGAAGGUCUUUAACAAAACUUUUAAAAAUACUCUAGUUGAACAAUUUAGUUAUGGAAGUGAUAACUAAAAGGGUGUGACGGACAAGACCGAUGGAUUUUGAAAGACUUGAAACAGGAAACGGGGUUGAACUUUUAAUACAAAAUUUACGAUGACGCCUUUUAAAUAUUGCGAAUGGUUAAAAUAACUCCAACCUGAAGUUUAACCUCAUACAACGCCAGUAAAAUUAAAUAUCUUAAGUUAGAAAGUAUUAAUCGUCUUUAAUUAGCACCACAUACAAAUAAAAAGGUAUCAACGUAAGAAUAUAAAUUCCGUAAAAUUGAGAUUUUUUUUAAAAUUAAUAUGAACAACAUUUUCAAUAAUUAAUACGUUCUUAUGAUUUUUAUUUAUUUGUUUUAAAAUUUGUCACUAUACCAUUUAAAAAAAUGCUUUUAAACCAAAACUAUCUUAAAAAUAAUGAAGUACAAAUUUUUUUUUAAUAUUCUGAAUGGCUAUAAUAAUAAAAACCUAACAAAAAUUAACAAAGUGACAUAUUAAAAAAAAGACACCACAAACUUUUAAUUUAAUAACAAAGAGAUCUAGAAAAUGGCCCCUUCAAAAAUUUUGCAAAAAUUGUGUGCCCAUAUUAUUUAAGAACAAAGUAAAGCAAUUUAACAUCUUAAAGUAGAAUGCACUACCAAAAUAUCUCGUAUCUUCAUUAAUUAUUUUCAUAUACAUUUUAUUUUCAAGUUAUUCGCUGCCAAUAGCAUAAUCCCUAACAUGCUUUACACUUCAGUGUUAGAGUCUAAAAACAAUAUUGGUAACAAGUAAAACUUAAAACAACAUACGAAUCGAACAUAUAAUAACAACAAUUUGUUCUUAAUUGUUUGAUGUUAUGCUCCAAGGUAACUCGAUAACAAAUUCUUAGGAAAAUUAUAUUCAAACAGUUUCAAACUUAAAAUUGUGUACCCAUUCACCAUAUCUUGUAGGAAUUAUAAGAGUAAUAUAGUGUUUAAAAAAUUAUUUGUAUUGCACUGUCUUUGAGUUGUGUCUGCAAUAAAAUGUUGCCGUAUAAACGGUUUAAUAAAAAUGGUUUAUAAAUAUGAAAUUUGGCAAUGCAUUCUUGUCAAGCGGAAUUGGUUUGUUUUUUAUAUUAUCUUUAUGAGCGAUCGAAAAAUAUCUUUAUAUUUGUUUGUAUUGCAAAAAUGUAACUUUCUUUUGCUCAUAAAGACCAUAAAAACAUAUAUAUGUAUCAUUUAUACAUAUAUGAGGGUGACUUUCCGCAACCGUUUUUGUUUUCGUUCCCAUACUGGAAAUUAAAAACAAAUCAUUCUUGAAAAUUGGAGCCCUUAACAUUAAUAUUAAGAACUCUUAAAUAAGAUUUCAAGUAAACUUUUCCCUUUUUCUUUUAAUUUCUAUAGCCCGACGGUAUUUCAUAGUAUCAUUUUGCCAGUGAAAGGUUUCUCUCAAAUGAAAGUGUUAAUCGCGGCUUGUUCUUUACUUUCAAUGGGGUAGAGUACGGGUCACUUAAGCUUAAUCUUUCAUAAAGUUCUUAGAAACGUCCCCAACACAAACAAAUUAAUAUUUUUCGAAAUAUUUUUUGUUUAAGUGUAGCGGUUUGGUGCUGAGGACUUGGCAUGUUCUUUCACAAAGGAAUUGCCAUUUAUAAGAAAGCUAAAAUCAGUGAAGAAGUCCGUACUACUUAGUUACUGAUAGUUAAGGAUUGGUUUCAAUUCGGAGAUGAACCCUUCACUGAAAAAGAUGGUACUCUCAAAUACCGCCAAGCUAUAGAAAAUUAAGAAGCCUUAAAAUGCCGUGGACUAAAUAUUGAUAUAUGUAUGUAUAAAGGGCUCAAAUAUUCAGGAAAUUUUUUUUUAAUAUUCCCAGCAAGGGGACAACAAAUAAAGUUGAGAAAAAAGUACUCGAAUAUAUAGUAUAUAUAAUAAAUAUAUACAUUGGAUAUAAUAUUAAAAAUAAAAAACAAGUAGUAUAUAACAUCAAAUUCAUAUUUUAGAAAAUCCAAUUUUUCCUCUCACUAUAUACACAGCUUGCGAUAAAUGAAGUGCUUUUCUUGAUUUACCAUUCAAAUGUAUAAAAAUUUAACUAUAAUACAAUAAAAAAUGAAAAUGAAAAAAAAAUAAAAAUAUAAAUCAAUGAUGAUGGUUCAUCAUUGGAAAAUAUUAUAAAAUUUAUGAAAGAAAAAAUUUGCUUAGGACAUACAAAAAUUAAUAAUAAAAUUAUGUACAAGAAGAAAAGAAAUGCUUUUGUUUGUGUUUAUUUUUCUAUUUAUUUUAAAGUUUAUUUUUAUAAAUUUGUUUGUUUUUUAUUUUUUGUAUUUCUUAGAAAUUAAAUUUAUUUAUCUUUUUUUUUUUUGUUAAACAAAAUAUAGUUUUAAACAAAAUGUACCCGCAUAGAUAUAGUGUUUUCUCAUUUUUUAAUAUAAGAGAAACAAAUACAUAUAUGCACUGCAUAUAAAUAUAUUAAAAAGAAAUAAAUAGCUUAAGCAUUACUAUGAACACACAAAUACAAAAAGCGUUUUAAAAAGAACUGUUAGAUAAAUAUGAAACAAAAGAAAUAAAGUAAAAAUAUAUAUUAAAAAGUGAGUAAAUUAAAAAACAAAAAAUAAUAUUGUAAUAAAUGUAUAGCUGGACCUAUUUAUAUGUGUUUCACGAUAAAAACAAAAAAAAACUUUAUAUCCCUAAUUUGUUUUUUAGCAAAAUAACAAAAAACAUAUAUAAAAUAUAACAACAUGUAAAGCUUUCUGCUUGUCUAUUAGUUUAAUAUUAAUCAUUGUUCUAUACACCUGCUAUGUGAUAAUACCACUACUAUUAACACUUUUUUUAACUUUGCGUAUUUUAAUAAAUUUUUGUUUUAUUUUGGUGUUUUUAAAUUGUACUGGGUUAUGAUUACACUGUAGUUAGAUUUAUUCACCUUAAACCCUUAUAUAUUUUGUUUUUUUUUUUUUUUUUUUGUUGAAUUAAUGGUAAAGGAAGUUAUGCACGCAACAUAAACAGGACAGUUUAGGGCAGACAUUUUUUGUUCUUAUUAUUGUUCCACUAUAUGUUUAAAAGAAAACUGAAAGAGGGAUCAUAGACUUACGAACAUAGAAAUGAAUUUGUCUCCGAAGGAAAUGAACAAACAUAAAAAGUAUAUGUGAUUGUUCAAAAACAGCUUGUGAAGGAUAAAGAAGAGAUAUGAAACUUGAAACGAAAUUAUAAAAGUCAGCGGAACUGUGACUAAAAAUUUAUUGAAUUUUUGCUAAUCGGUAAUCAAACAGUAUACUUCUGGUUAAGAUAGUUAAACAUUUAACUUCUCUUAAAUUAAGCUGUGUUUAUUACAAAAGUCCUAAAAGUAUUUGGGAUAUUAAUAGGAAAUUUUGUUUUUAAACCCUGACUCGAAAAAAUAUACAUUUUGAACUUGAAUAAAAUCCACAGUAAAUUUGUAGAGAAAAAAACUGAUGAAAAUAAUUAUGACAUCAAAAUAAUUCGCGUCAGUCCAAUUUAUUAUAAUUUUGGAAAUUACCUGAUUGAUAAUAAACAGUUUGCAUUGUGAACAAGGCUUCACGCUGUUUCAUUUUAAAAUGUUACUUACUUGGACAAGAUUUUCAACUCUAUCACAUUUGCCAGUCCUUCCGCUGGUUUUUACUAGUUACUUAUUCAUAAUAAUUGUACGUAUUUCAUAAACAUUCCAAUUUAAACCACAUGCCUCAAUUUUAAUAUAAUAUUUAAUUUUGAACUCCUUUGAAAAAUUGUCCAACAAAUAUUAUAAACAAUAUUAUGAUUUUUUUCUUUGCUAUUUUAUACAAGUAUUCAGUAUGUCAAAAUAGACAAUAAAACACAUCAAACCUAGGAAUAAUUUGCAUAUUGAUGAAAAUUGAUACAGAAACUUAUCCUCAUUUAAAACAAGUUAAACAAGUGACAAAAAGCAUUUGUCAGACAUUUUUAAAAUUUCGAUAAUUUCUUACACCAAUUUUUUGUUGUGUUGCUUGUUUAAGAAAAAAUCUUGCCACUGUUUGUGGACAGUUACAUAUUUAAUAAAUAGCUUUACAAUAUUUUUGAACAAUGUUGCCAUUUGAACAUUAAUAUGGAAAAAGUUAAAUUUAAAAUUUUCCCAUUUCAUGAACAAAAAUGUAUGUUUUCUGAUAUAAAAAAAACAAUAAAACUAAAGCUAUACCUGAAGCGCUUUUAGAUAAAAGAAACAGUUCAGGCACAAUAAGCGAAAGUUCGAAAAUUUCUAAACGCUUGACCGUACAAAAAAGUCACUGAAGUUAUUUUGUUGUACAACUCAUGAUCUGCGAAGUUUAUCUAAAAACAUACAUUUUUUACAAAAACUUAAAUAAUUUUGUAUGUUCACUUGCGAUUUUUGGAGACUUGUUGGUAAUGAGAGUCACAGUGUCAAUACCAAUUUUAAUCGAUGUGACUAGACUAAAACUGUAUAUAUUUUAAAGAAAGGGGUUGACCUUAUAUUAUUUUUUAACAAACCUGUUAGGGUUCUUAAUGAAUUUUUGAAAAACAUCUACUUUCUAUAAUUCUUUGUAAGUUUUUGUUUGGUUAUAAUUAAAGUCUCGCUUUUAAUUAUAUUUAAAAUAAUAUACCCCUUUUGAUACCAUCAUCCGAUUGAUUUUACCGCUUUUCAUUAUUAAGCUAUACAUUCAAAUGGUCUUCUCAUAAAAAUAUUUUUCAUGGGUGAAAUACCGCGACCAAUUACGAAAAAUAUAAGAACUUAACCACAGAAACAUAGUCGGUGUCAAAUUUAAAAAUUGCACUUCUAAGUCAUUUUCAAUGCAUAAUUCGAAGUUAUCAAUCAAUCGAUGUAGCCGCCAAUAUAGAACUGUAAUUGGAAUGUUAACUGGCAAAUUUGGCCUUUGACUAAAGUUUCAUUGUUAUUGAAACCCGUUUUUGACUUUAAGUCGUAAGAUAAAACGUUUCUCUGAGAAUUGUUCAAGAUCAUUGAACGGCGCCAGUUUUAAUAAAACCAAACAAAUUGUGAGUACAAAAUGACGCUUCCCAAAUUACAUAAAAGUAAUUACAAUUGAGUGUCAAAAUUAAAAUCUAUUUAAGAAACGUUUUGUUUUUUUCCAGAGGGAAAUGGUCUGAUCAUUUACUGCAAAUAUAUUCUGACUGUACGAGAUAGGCCUUAACAAGUGCAGCACAUCUCGGUCAAAGAAAACAAAGUUAAGAAAUGAAUAGUAUUUGAUUUAUUCUGCAUCGAUUGGAACAGCAAAAAAGGAAUAGCGUUUAGAAAUGUCAUCGAUGAGAAAAAUUCCGAAGAAAAUUUCUUCAACGAUAGCCUAUAAAAUCCAUUUUACUUUAAAGUGAGAAAUUUUCGAGUGGUUGUAGUUAUUCAACCUAUUUCUAGUGGAGUUCGGAAUAUAAAGAAGAACAAAUUCUUAAAUCCAGCUUAUUAAGAUUUCUCUCUCUUUAACUUUAAAAAAGCGUUAUCUUUUAUAAUGCUAUAACAUUAAGGUACUACGUGUAUAUCGAAAAAAGCAAUAAAUAUCACCGUAUACCUGCAUUUAAAUUGACCGUAAGUAUUAUAUCUCUUCCAAUUCCAUAUGGUGUUUCUAUUCAUAGUUGCAAAAAUCGGUCAAUCUAAACGCUAACUAUCGGAUGUCAAUUUUGAAAGUUUUUUUUUAUUAUAUUGUUUGACUUAUUUAGUUUAAAAAAAUGUGCAAUUAUUAAUACUUGUAAUGCUUUAGCAUCACUUUCAUUUCCGCUCUUGUGUUGCCAUUUCCUUUUUAUUCUAAUAUGUUUCAUUUCUUCAUAUUAAGUUUAACAAAAAAAAUACAAAUCAUAUCAACUUGGGACAGAUACGAAAUCACUGAUUGCUAAGUUUUAUUUAAAGAAAGUGAACUUCAAGUUUUAUUUUCAUAGUUUUUGUCACACUUUCUCUUUUCUGCAUUUUAUUGCAAACAAGGUGUAGUAUAGUAUCUUUUUAUCUGAUGUCUAGCUAAACAAAAAAAAAAACAGAACAAUCAAAAAAAUUAUUACACAGAAAAAACGCAAUUCCAAAAUAUAAUUUAUUAUAAAAUAUAUAUAUAUAUAUAUAUUAUUACGAAUAUCUCGAAAAAGAAAAUAAUUAACGAAACUAAACGAAAGCAAAAAUUAUGAGAAAAAGAAAAAAACCGUCCAACUGGUCAAAAAGCUUAAGGGGGAAAUUUAAGUAAAUAAUAAAAUAAAUAUAAAUAAACAUACAAAAACCAAA